UGGCGGCCGGCAUGCUGGCCAUGUUCGCGGGGGCAGAGGUCGUGCACAGGUACUACAGGCCUGACCUUAGCAUACCUGAAAUACCUCCUAAGCCUGGAGAACUGAGAACUGAACUGUUGGGUCUAAAAGAAAGAUCAAGCGAAGUUCAGACGCCACAACACUGACCAGAGUUUAUUUUUGUUGUGAAAACUAGAACUGAUAAAAUAUUUAUCCAACUGUUUAAGUUCCAGAAAUACAUAUGUGAAAUACUGUGCUCCUGUCAUGCAUGUGUCUUUGCUUUCCUUUGAGCAGAGUUGCAGGCAGCAAUAAAAACAAACAUACAGUGAAUGGUGUCCCAUCA